ACUCCCCGAGUCCCUCGGAUAUACCUAUGCAGCUCGAGAGGCUUCUCUCUUCGUAUACCACCUUCACGUAUCUGUCCUUCAUUCCCUCCUUCCACGUGUAUGCUCUCUUUUCCUCGAGUUGCAUGCAACGGGUAGGGUCGAAUAGAUGGUUAACUGGCUGAGCCCACAUAUCCUUCACGUCUCGGCACAGUACGCCCAGAAGGUCAAUACCUUCCUGUUUGGCUUAUAUUCCUGGCACUUCCUUUGUACUCUCCGGCACGUAGAGAUCCCACUCAUUAUGCGAAAGCUGCGUUUUCGAUGGGCUUUCAUACCAUACAUUUGCGCGCGAUAUUUGCUUUUAGCUACCACAGUCGGCUUCGAGCUUAAUUUAUGUGGACCGGCAAACAAAACGCUCUGGUUUCUUGGAUGCAUGGCGAUGAUUUUUGCCAGUGAGAACUUUGUACUGCGCGCGACGACGUUAUGGAGAGGAAAUCUUUGGGGGAUGCUAUUUUUGAUUGCUAUGGCGCUCGGUCACUGGGCCGUCGGGAUCGUUGUGUUCUUCGUACCCCUCGUUGACGCUUGGGUACAAUACGAGAAUACCUGCGAGACCAUCACAGGGACCGGAGGUCCCGUUCCGUUCUAUCUGUACACCAUGCUGCUCGACUUGGCGACCCUGGUGUUCACAAUUUACGGGCUCCUGCGUAUACGUGGAGCUGGUUCAUCGCCGCUCUGGACGCAUCUAUGCAGGCAAGGGCUAGGCUAUUUUGCCAUCACAUUUCUUGCAAAUAUCCUCACUCUAGUUUUUGCAUUGAUGAAACUAAACGGUACACCUUCGCGACAAGAUUUCUCCAUUUCCGAAAAAACUAAGGCAGCUGUCAAAGUGUACGUCGGCGAUAUAUUCUCCGCCCCGGGAGUCACAAUCAGCGUCAUCGCAUCUUCCCGCGCUGUAGUCUCUCUAUUGAAGAUGAGAGAGGGCAGAUCGAGUGGCCCGUCCGGGCGCGCAGAUGCAUACAGCACUAAAUCGCGUUCUCAGGCUUUUAGCACGAACGUCACUGCAGCGACGUACAGGUCUAUCGUGUCGAUGAAAUUCUUGGAUCGGCAGUUCUGAGAUCUCCCACCGGGACAACAAUUCUAGCGUCCUCGUCCUCGGACAACGGACUGGUGUGCGAAUGAUCCCGGUGUCAUGUCAGCUUGCGCAUGGAGAGACAGCUGUCCACGACAAUCCAGUAUAAGGCCUGGUCGUGCAUACUCGUAGCCGUUCUGUGGCAACGAUGGUGGCUUGCAUACAUAUAAGCGCAUUAUCCAUCUUAGAAUGAGCUGAUAAUUCACUGCGGAUUUCUAUCAGCACGACUAGAAACGCGAACCGGGAAAUACUGGAGAGUCCUGCCAGGGGUAGUCAGGGCUCAGCACAUCCCCGCCGCUUGUACAAAAUACCACAAACACUACCUAAAAACAAUUCGCUCCCUGCAUUAUAUACUGAAUGUAAAUUUUGCUCGUUAUGCCGUUGUAUACCAUGCCAUAACGUGCGC